AUGUGACUAGCAGCUGGACCUGGUCAGUGAAAACAACAUGUGACGUGGCUAAUCGGCGGACAAAAAGAACCAGGAAACCUUGAAUCAUUAAGCUGUUUACUGGGAAACUUAAAACACAUUUAGAGUGUAGAAACAGACGUGCAAACUGAUAUAAAGAAGAUAAACCAUUAGUGUUUAUUUGGGGAAGGCAGCUGCUUGCAGGCUUGUGUGACGUUCACUGCAUCCAGACUUUUGACAGGAGAGAAGGCAUGCAAUAAGACGUUAAGAUGUCAGACAGCGAAGCUACAGCAGCAGAGGGUCCGGAGGAGGCACCAGAGAUUCAGAAUGCUUCUCCUGCAGAGACGGCCGACAGCUCCUCGCCGAGCACCACCGACAACACCACCGACAACUCCACCGACGUGGCCCCGACGAGGAAAGCCAGGAGGAGACCAGACGUCCAACCUGCAGAGGAGGUUGAGGAGAAGCCGAAAGUAGAGGAGCAGCCGGCGAAAGCAGUGGCACCGAGUGAGUCCACUGUGUCUCAGGGUGGUUGGGGAUACUGGGGCAGCUGGGGCAAAUCCCUCUUAUCCACUGCAACCGCUACUGUGGCCACUGUGGGCCAAGGGCUCACUCAGGUGAUAGAGAAGGCAGAGACGUCGCUGGGGAUCCCCAGUCCGACCGAGCUCUCGGCACAAGUGGAGGAAGAGCAGAAAGAGCACGGUGAAUCCAGCAGUGAGGCUGACAGAGCGGUGGGAGAUGGAUCGGCGGCGAUGGGAAGUGCGAUGGGAAUGUUUUCAUCGCUCACCAGCGUCGUCCAGAGCACAGGGAAGACGGUGCUGACGGGCGGUCUGGACGCUCUGGAGUUCAUCGGGAAGAAGACGAUGGACGUGAUCGCAGAAGGCGAUCCCGGCUUUAGGAAGACCAAAGGACUGAUGAUCAGGAACUCCACUCUGUCUCAGGUGUUGAGGGAGGCAAAGGAGCGGGAGGAGCUGCAGACAGCGGACAAAGACUUCUCAGAUUCCGAGAAGAAGGUUGUCGCUCACUACGGGAUGCUGUUUGAUGAAUUUCAGGGUCUGUCACACCUCGAGGCGCUGGAGAUUCUGUCUCGGGAUAGUGAGUCUAAGGUGAAGUCGGUGCUGACCACUCUAUCAGGAGAUGAGCUGGUUCAGCUCAAAGAGGAGCUGGAACUAAUCAAGGACUCUUUCUCCCUGGUGGAGUUUGAUGAUGAGGAAGUGGACGAGAAGAAAGACCAAGACGGCUCAGAGUUUGAGAGGGAGCUAACGGAGGCCUUGGAGGGGCUCAGUGUCUCUGCCACAGCCGGCAAACUCAGCAAGGCCUGCAAGAGCACCUGCAGCUGGAUCAGUGACAUGAGCAAACCAGAGGCUGAAGAGGAAGAGAGGGAGGAAGAUGUAAAGAAAACAGCUUCUGUAGAGGAGGUUCACGCUGCAGCCAUCAGGAGUCUGGCUGAGCUGACGGCCCGAUCCAUCGAGCUGUUCCACAAACUGGCUGAGAUGAUCCUGUUCACCAGCGGCACCACGGAGGCCAGCGUUCUGUCCCAGUUAACUGUUGUCCUGUGUAAAGAACUCUCACUGCUUUCCAAGAAGUUCACCUCCUGCCUAACAACAGCAGGGUCAAACGAGAAGGGAGAUGUCCUCAACCCGCUGAUAACUGGAGUCUUUUUGGAGGCGUCCAACAGUGCGUCGUACAUCCAGGAUGCUUUCCAGCUGCUGAUGCCCAUACUGGAGAUCUCCCACAUCCAGAGGAGAGCCGAAUCCACAGAGCAGUGAUCAGCUGACGUCACCUCUGCCCACCACUGCCACGAUCCUGGGACUGCGAGGAACUGACACAUCUUUAAAAAAACGUUUAUUUUGAAUCGUCUGCGUCAGCUCUUUCUAUGUCUGGUGUUCAGCUCAGGGCUAAAAAAAUCUAUUCCACACCUGGGAGGAACAGUGUGUUUUUGUUAAACAGUGUUAACUUUUGUUGCAUUGCUGGUUUAAUUAUUAAGCACAGUAGAUGGACUCAUUAAAGAAGAGUAUUGAUGAGGUCCUGAUCUACCAGUUAAGGCAAACCAAUGCGUUUGUGUUAAACAAGAGCAGCUUCUUCUUCUCCCUUUUAUACUGACAUGUACACUAUGGUCAGUGGUCAUCUUAACUUAAACAUCUUGAAUAUGCCCCAGAGAACACUUAAGUAGUGCUAAUUUGUGUAAAAGAAAAAUAUGACAAAAUAUGACAUGAUAAAUAAGAUAAGAUAUAUUGAUAAUUUCAUUAUUUUUCUCUUUACUGCACAGAGAUAGUUUGGAAAUGGUCUUUAUGCAUAUCUCUCUAAAAAACACUGAGUGUACACUAAUGUAAAAUCUCCAAUGUACAGAUUAUUGUUGUUUUAGUUUUUUGGCAACUUUGGUAACGUCCUCGAAUCAUGAGCAGACUGGCUGGAGUUGGUUUACAGAUCUAAUGUUGCCAGUUUGUAGAGGGAGGACGGUUUACUACCAUGGUUGCAUUUCGACUUGCUUUCUUUUGCCUCUGACUGUGAAAUUAUUUGUUUUGUACAACAAUAUCAGCUUUAAAUAAGUAUUUCCUGUCAUCUGGCAUCCUCACGUUUUAGAGUCCUCCAUAUUCAAAACAGUUCCAGGUCUGGCUUGUUUUCACUUUAGCCAGCUGCAGAAUUGAAGACUAAAGACUUGGACUCUAUUUGAGACAUAAAACUAAUUACUGUUUUAUUGAUACUUAAAAGCCAAAAAAAACAACGCCCAAACGACUUGCAACAGUUUCCAAUCCUCACAGCUCUGUUUUCUCUCUAAUGAAUGUCCAGUUAGAGAAAUAUGCAAAUAUACACAUUGUCGAUUUCAGUUAAUCUAAGCUCUGUCUUUAUAGUCAUCUACUUCAUUAUUCAUGAGACUUCAGGUGUUUAUUAAAUAACUUAGGAGCUUCUAUCUGCCAUGAGGAUUGUGAUUGUCUUCUUCAGCCAAUGACCUCAGUGUUAUGAUACUGCUAACGGCCGUGUGUUGUGGGCAAGUAAAGUCAAUUUACUUCAUGCAAUAUACUUUAAUGUACAUUAAGUAUUUAAGAUGAUUUUCAAAUAAAAUGUCUGUCAUUUAAGACUGUGAUUUGUGUGGGAGUGAAAAUUACAGAGUGUAUUAAACAUAUUUUCAAUCUAUUUUCCAGGUUCCAAAAUCUGUUGAAAAGUCUGAAACCAGACGACUAGAGGCUGUUAUAGCUGCAGAUUGAUGACCACGAUUUUUUUA